GCGCCCGCCCCGGGCCCGACCCCUCGCGCGUCGCCUCGUCCUCCGAGCCCUGGCAGCCGCACAACCCGUCGCGCGCCCCACAGCCCCUCCCCUCGCGCCUCAGCCCGCAAAAGCGGUUCGCCCAGGACCGCGAGCGCGAGCGCCUCAAGAGCGCCAACCUCGACAAACCGCGGUGGCGCGCCGACCCGCGCGCGGCUGACCGGCUCGCGAGGAGCGCCGCGAGCGUCGCGCUCGAUGUGGGCGAGAUUGGCGCGAGCUUGCCGCAGCAGCGGGAGCGCAGCAGGAGGUUCAGGGCGCGCGAGGAGGAGGCGGAGGGCGGCGAUGGCGGCGGGUCGUCGAGGGGACAGCGGGCGGGCGCACCUCGUCGAGGAGGAGGAGGAGGAGGUGGUGCAGGCGGCGCCGCAGCCGCACCCGAGCGCAUGGUGCCCGGCCGCGUCAACCGCAGCCUGCAGCGCAACCGCGACGAGGUGCGCGUGUCGAACGCGCCGGCGCCUGCACCGCCGCCGCGGCACCAACCGUCCAAGCGCGCAAAGAGCAAGCCCAAGCAGCUCAAAAAGGUCGUGCUCCCGACCACGUUGCGGCUCGACAACCUCGUCAACAUCCUCAAGGAGCGGCUGUCUACAGUGCAGCGCGCCGCCGAGGGCAUGGGCCUCACCGACACUCGACCCGAUCGUCUCCUCACCUCGGAGGACGCGUCCCUCCUCGCCCUCGAGCUUGGCUUCGACCCCGAGAUCAACGACGACGCCGCGUUCGACCUGUUCCCGCUCCCGUUGUCGCCCCCCGAGCUCCUGUCGCCGCGCCCGCCCAUCACGGGCAUCUUUGGCCACGUCGACCACGGCAAGACGUCGCUCCUCGACGCGCUGCGGUCCACCUCGGUCGCGGCGGGCGAGGCCGGCGGCAUCACGCAGCACAUUGGCGCGUUCGAGGUCGGCGUCGCGAGCAUGGAGGGCGAGCCGACCAUCACGUUCCUCGACACGCCGGGCCACGCCGCGUUCACGGCCAUGCGCUCUCGCGGCGCCGGCGUCACCGACGUCGUCGUGCUCGUCGUCGCCGCCGACGACGGCGUCAAGCCCCAGACCGAGGAGGUGAUUGGCCUGAUCCGCUCGGCGUCGGACGAGCUCGGCGUCGUCGUCGCCCUGACCAAGUGCGACAAGCCGGGCGUCGACACGACAAAGGUCAAGCACGAGCUCAUGGCGGCCGGCGUCGAGGUCGAGGACUUUGGCGGCGACGUGCCGUGCGUCGAGGUGAGCAGCGUGACGGGCCAAGGGCUCGCAGAGCUCGUCGAGACGAUCUCGGCCAUCGCCGAGGUGCGCGAGCUCAAGGCCGAGCGGGCGGGCCGGGUCGAGGGGAGGGUCAUCGAGUCGAGGGUCGAGAAGGGCCGAGGAAACGUCGCGACCGUCCUCGUCCUGCGCGGCUGCCUGCGCAACACGGCGUCGCUCGUCGCGGGCACGACAUGGGCUCGUGUCCGCACCCUCAUCCCGCCGUCGGGCAAGGCCGUCGUGUCGGUCUACCCGGGCCAGCCCGUCGAGGUGACCGGGUGGAAGGACCUGCCCGCCGCGGGCGACCUCGUCCUCGAAGCCGCGACCGAGGACGAGGCCAAGCGCGCCAUCGCCAACCGGCUGCGGCGCGUCGAGCAGGAGAAGCUGUGGAGCGACGUCGAGGUCAUCAACGAGAAGCAGCGGCGCGAGGCCGAGAUCCUCGCGAUCCGCAAGGACGAGGAGGACAAGGCCAAGGCCAAGGGCCUGCGCGGCAACGCCGUCCUGCACGCCGGCGACGCCGCCGUCGAGGAGCUCGUCGGCGCGUCCGACGGCCCAAAGGAGCUCCUCCUCGUCAUCAAGGCCGACGUGAGCGGCACGGUCGAGGCGGUCGUCGGCGCGCUCGAGGGCAUCGGCAACGCCGAGGCCAAGGUCAAGAUCCUCAGCUCGGCCGUCGGGCCCGUCACGCAGGGCGACGUCGACAUGGCGCGAGCAGUCGGUGCCACGAUUGUCGGCUUCAACGUCAAGGCGCCCGGGUCCGUCAUGAAGGACGCCGCCAAGGUGCCCAACCCGGUCCCGGUCCACACGUCGCCCAUCAUCUACCGCCUCGUCGACACGGUCCGCCAGGCGACGGCCGACCUCCUGCCCAAGUCGAUCGAGACGCGCGUGCACGGCGAGGCGACCGUCCAGAUGGUGUUCGACAUCUCGGUGAAGGGCCGCAAGGAGCCAAAGCGCAUCGCCGGCAGCAAGGUGUCGAACGGCGUGUUCCAGAAGGCGAGGAAGGCGCGCGUCGUGCGCAAGGGCGAGGUUCUCCACACCGGUGUCGUCUCGACGCUCAAGCAGGUCAAGAAGGACGUGCUCGAGAUCCCCAAGGGCGUCGAGUGCGGCAUCGCGCUCGACGACUUUGACGCGUGGGAGGUCGACGACCUCAUCCAGUCGGUCGAGGAGGUCGAGGUCGCGAGGACGCUGUAGCUGGAGCGAGGGCGAGGACGAGGCGAGCAGGUCGUGCAGCGCGACACCCAUCCCCUCUCG